ACCGCCAAUAAAAUUUAGAAGAAGAAGAAAGAGGAGGCGCUGUAAACUCACAGAAGAAAAGCAUAUGUGUUUUUUUUACCCUCGAGUGACGGUGGUGGUUAAUGACCAAACCAACAAAAAAAAAGAAAGAAAAAGAAGGGGGAAAAAAAGACCUUAUAAUGGAAUCAGCAGCGAUACGACCGUGCUCUUCUAGAAAACCUCCACACACUCCUGGUCCCACUGAGUCACAGAUUUGUGGGGAUGUUCAGACAGAAAAAUAUACAUCUUCAGAUGGAGGGACAUCAGGCUCUGUAGAACACCUCACCUGUGUGAACCUUCAGAAACAUGUAAAAAAGGAAGAAACUGUAGUUGAAGAAUGCUUCUCGACACCAGUCUCUGUGGGACACAUCACACCUGUGGACCUAAAGAAUCAUGUGAAAAAGGAAGAACCCGAAGAUAAAGAUUAUCUCUAUGCUGGGACAUCAAACUCUGUGGAAGAUGUAGACAAGAUGAAGAUGAAGACAAAGCUCUGUACAAGGACAGACUGGGACAUGGAUGAUUCCCAGGUACAAGUCUUCUCCUGCUCUCAGUGUUCUCUUUUCUAUACAUCUAAAAUUCACCUCCACAAACACAUCAGAAGAUACCACUAUGAGGAAUAUGAGAGACUGCUACAAUCAGGAGAGUUAAAAGACAUGAACCAUAUUACCGCAAUAAGCUCCAGUAUUCAGCAAACUGCCUCCAUUACACUCAACAGUAACUCCUCUAAUAAACAAAUGCAGAAAGAAGUCUAUCCCUGCUCACAGUGUGGCAAGAGUUUUACUGACCGAAGUAAUCUCAGACGAUGCCAGCGCAUUCACACAGGAGAAAAGCUGCAUCACUGUUCAGAUUGUGGGAAGAGCUUUAUUCGUCAGAGUGAUCUACAUGUACACCAACGCAUUCACACUGGAGAAAAGCUGCAUCACUGCUCAGAGUGUGGGAAGAGCUUUAUUCGUCAGAGUGAUCUACAUGUACACCAGCGCAUUCACACAGGAGAAAAGCCGUAUCAUUGCUCAGAGUGUGGGAAGACCUUUAUUCGACAGAACGAUCUACAAAGACACCAGCUCAUUCACACAGGAGAAAAGCCGUAUUCCUGCUUAGAGUGUGGAAAGAGAUUUAUUCGACGGAGUGUACUACAAAUACACCAGCGCAUUCACACAGGAGAAAAACCAUAUUCCUGCUCAGAGUGUGGGAAGAGUUUUAUUCAAAAGAGUGAUCUAAAAACACACCAGCGCAUUCACACAGGAGAAAAGCCGUAUCACUGCUCAGAAUGUGGGAAGAGUUUUAUUCAACAGAGUAAUCUACAAAGACACCUGCUCAUUCACACAGGACAAAGACCAUAUCACUGCUCAGAAUGUGGGAAGAGUUUUAUUCGACAAAGUGAAUUACGAAUGCACCAGCGCAUUCACACAGGAGAAAAACCAUAUCACUGCUCAGAAUGUGGGAAGAGCUUUAAUCAACAGUGUGAUCUACAAAGACACCAGCGCAUUCACACAGGAGAAAAGCCGCAUCACUGCUCAGAGUGUGGGAAGAGCUUUAUUCAACAGAGUAACCUACAAAGACACCAGUGCAUUCACACAGGAGAAAAGCCGUAUCACUGCUCAGAGUGUGGGAAGAGCUUCAUUCAACAGAGUAAUCUACAAACACACCAGCGCAUUCACACAAAAGAAAAUCCAUAUUACUGCUCAAAGUGUGGGAAGAGUUUUUCCCAACAAAGAAAGCUUCAGCAACACCAAUGCAUUCACUAAGGAGAAAAAAAUGUGUUCAUAAUGUAGACGUUUACAGAUAAAGAUAAUCUCAAAGUAUAUCCACGCAUUCACACAGGAGAAAAGCUGUGAGUGCUCAAAGUGUGGGAAGAUAUUUAGAUAUGUAAUAUUUUGAGAUACUGGAUGUUUGAUUUACAUUAGCUGUCAGUUAUAAUCAUUAAAACAAAAAAGGCUUGAACUAUUUCACUGUGUGUUAUAGGGAAUUUAGCCAGCGGUGGGCGGAGUACAGACUCACAGGACUCCGUUUUAGUGUUUGGGGGGGGGUGAAGUGCGAUCGGGCGGUGAGGGUCUCAGCUGUCUGCGGUUGCAGCCAAGGGGGCGGAGCCGUCACUCGCAUCGGAGUCGCCUGAAGCUAGAAAAAAUUCCAUCUCUUUUGCGAGUGGAAUAUCGCCAUUUUAUACUCUCCUCUCGCUUACUGGAUGGUGGAAUUCUUCCGCGCGAAGAGCCGUGGGUAUGUCAGCGGCCCCGCCCUGCCGCCACGUGCUCUCUGGCCGUCCAAAACAUUGGUGGCGCUGAAGCGGAGCUGUCUCUUUAGCGCCACCGCAGCAAUCGCGGGAGGAGCGAUCUUUGUUUCCUGUGCGGCGGCCGCCGUCCUGUCGUCACAGUGUAACGAAUCUAGAAUCUACAAACCCAAUUCCGAAAGCACUGGGAGAGUAUGAACAAUGCUAAUAAAACAAAGAGGUGUGAUUUGUAAAUGUACUUUGACGUUUAUACAUAUAAAGACAAGGUAUUUGAUGUUUUACCUAAUCAACUGCAUAGUUUUUUGAAGGUAAACAUUUAUUUUGAAAUUGAUGCAUGCACCACAUUCCAAAAAAGUUGGGACAGGGGCAAUAUAAGACUAGUAGCAUUGUGACUAUAGGAUAUAAAGUGUAAUCAAUGUGUUUAACUACACAGUUUACUAAUGUUUGGGUAUGUUAAUCAGGUAUGUAUACCCAAUAUAUACCCAACAGUUAAGACUUACUUGUGAGAAGCAUUAUCUAAAUUCAUAGAACACUUGAUCAAGUUAUAAGUGUGUAUUGAGUUAGUAGAAUUCUGUGUCUUACUAAACAGUAGGUCUAAUUGUUUUGUGUGUCAGUCCGUACCUCUCUACACAGCAAGCAUAAUCUAAAACUAUAAAACACUUUCUAACAAGUGGUAUUCUAAGUGUGUACAUUAAGAACUUUGUGUUUGUCUGAAGCAGCUUCACUCUAUGACAGUAAAUUAAGAACUUUGUGUUCGUCUAAAGCAGCUUCACUUUGUGGCAAUAAAAAGUCAAUUAGACACAUACCAGAAUUAGGUUUCUAAACAAAGCGCUCUAAGCUUCCAAAUCUGUGUCAAAAGAAGAGAUAAGAAUUCCAGGAGGAAGAAUACCAAAAUGAGACUAUAUGGUGAAUUAUAUGACAAAGUGAAAAACCCUGGUCUGGUAAAACUUUUAAAGAAAAUACACUGACUACGCAUGCGCCACAUAUACAGGAUAUCAUAUGGACAUGAAUAAUUAGUUAAGGCGAUGGAGAUUGGUCUGUUUCUAGAAAGAAAAGGUGAAAGGCCCAUCUAGAGAUAAUUUUACUGUUUCAGAGAGGUAUAUAAAGACAUGUAUGUGUAUGUGUAUGUGUAAUUCGGACCCUCUGCAGACUGUUUCACUUUAUUGUUUCAAUAAAGUUAAUUUACUUUUUGACAUCUACAAACCCUCUGUCUCUGAAGUUUUUUGACUUUUGAUUGAUUUUCCCUACAUGACAAGUUGGU